AUGUUUAUCGAGCAGUCGAUAAAGGCUGUGAAAUCUGGAAAAUCUGAGCGUACACACAAGCGACGAGCGGGCGUGAUGACUACCGAGAAAGGCGCCGAAAACAGAGGGUUCGAAGACGACACGGCUGCGGUCGAAGAGACCAAUGGCCAGCCAACGGAUCAAGUGACGCGUGACCGAAAAGCGGCUGUCGAUGGACAAGUCGAACUGCAAGAUAUGCCAGUGCCUACCUCAACGCAGGAAGCGAAGAUCGACGACGACCUACACGCAGCUGCUGAGGAGCACAGGUGCACAGGCUGGAUUGGCAGGUGCCAGUCGGUCUGUUCUGGCUUCAGCAGCCGACAUCAGCUCUGCCUAUCCUGGAUCAGAACCUCGACGCUGCUGGUUCUGUUCCACGCCUACUUCGUCGUCGCAGUCGUUCAUGAUUUUGAGAAGGCGAAAACGCUGGUCGUCCUCACCGUCCUCGGAUGGGUCGGCGUCUUCUACAUCAAAGUGUUCAAAGUUUACUGUGUCCCCUACCUGGAAAAGAUUCUACUAUCGCCGCUCAGAAAACGCGUCUAUCAAAUUUGGGGCCGCAAGUGGUUCAGAAUGAUGAUUUACUGCUGUCUCGCUGCAGCGUUGAUCGCGUGUGUCCUUGGCAUUACGGCGCCUAAUUGGGAACGACUGACUCCGGUUUGUGGCUUGGUCGUCUUCGUUCUAUUCCUCUUCCUAUUCUCUAAGAGUCGUUCAAAGGUAAGAAGCUCAAAACCUGAAAGCACAGACAAUGGGCACUUUUUCGGAAUCGAGGAAUUCACAGAUGACUAAAA